UGGCGGAGUUGUCAGUGCGUUUGUUUUGGAUUUCAUAACUCGCGCAGACCGCGGAACGAGACUUCUUGAAAGUUUUUGCAGUUUUUCGGGGGUGAUUCUUUGGUUAAAUCGAGGUGGAAACGCGGUCUCCAGCAUUAUGGCACCGAUCGUGUUAAAGGGGAAAAACUACGCCCUGUUGGUCGGAGGAAUCGUGGGAAUUAUUGCAUUGGCCUGUUACCCGAUCAUUGUGCACCCCAUGUUGUACCCCGAAGAAUACCAAAAAGUACAGAAAAUCAACAGGGCAGGAAUCAAGCAGGAAGAAAUUCAGCCAGGAAAUAUGCGAGUGUGGAGUGAUCCUUUUAAGCCCAGAGAGGACGAGAAACACAAAUAAGACCAUCUGGGCUACCCCAGUUCGCCGUCAACUUGUAUUAAUGUGCAAAAAUAUAUUUUGUUGUUCUAGAAAGUAAAUCAAUCCCGUCGCUGGGAAUGUCAUGGUAUGAUGGA